AUGGCCGGGCUGCGGCUCGCCGGCUACCUGUACGAGAUGUGGAAGUUGAGGAUCAGCGAUAAAUCGACUCGCCAUCUGUUUUUCAACUAUACAAUCGACGAGCCGGUGUGGUUGGCCUUGGCGAUGACGUGCGGCGCAGUAUGCAUCGUGGCUUCGCGAGGCACUCACCUCACCCGAGUACUGAGCUUGGCGCUGACGUCGCUCUGCAUCAUGCCGGCCAUCUUCUACCUGUGGGGCGACUACAGAUGGUACACCAGCGUCAUAUUUUUGCACGAGCAAGAGUCCGGCAACGCUACUACCCCAAUAAUUCCUACCGUACCGCUGCAUUUUUCAUUUAUUUGCGGCCUUUCUCAUAUCGGGUUGCUCAUCGGCAGCAUGUUGUUCCUCUUCGAGCAGAUCUCCGGCCGACUCCGUUCCACCCAACCAGCGAGCUUCACCCGGGUUUUCCUCAUCUGCGGCUUGGUUUUUGCCGGCCUGUGCUUGGCCAUCUUCGGCCUCGACUUGUACGCGUUGGGGGAGAAGAUCUUCUACAAAGUGUUCCACGGUUCCGAGCAGAAGACGCCCUUCUUGCUGAUGCUGGCCUCGAUUUUCGCGCUUCUCUCAUCAAAUCCCCAGCAUGCCACACUGGCCCUACCGGCUUGUCUGGUCGUCCUGUUAUAUACGGCAAAAAGCACGCUCUUCCUGCUGUUAUCGUAUAGUUAUUUGGUUUUUAAGGGGUACUUCCGGGAGCAGCUAUGCGAUUUGUUCGUGACGAAUACGGAUGAUUGCUUUGCGACUGUUACUACAGGCGGUGUCUUUCUGCACAUGUUCGAGGCGUUCAUCCACCUCGCCGCCGCCGUUGCCUCGAUUUUCCUGGCCGCGAUCGUCAUGAGGGUGGCGCAUCUCCGUAGAGAAGUGUCGAACACUGACGUCCACUACAGGACCGCAAAGUCGCAGGCGUUGAUCAGGUGGAUCGGCGUAGUGCACGCGUCGGCUGCGUUGGUCGUGAUCGGCAGCUCGAUCCUGAGCUUUGUCUUCUCGAGCACCGCCAUGCAUCCAUUGAUCGUCAUCUAUCUGCAGCUUUACCAUAUCGCCGUCGCAUUUUCGCUUAUCGUAUUCCCGUUGUAUCAGAUCUGCGUCUCCGAGGUGAUCCACGAAGUUCCAGUAGCCCGCCAUGCGCUGCUAAUCCUCUCCGCCAUUCAAUUUUUCAACAUCGUCACCCAGCUCGACUACCGUGGAACCGGCGAGGAUUUGAACGUCAUCUGGAAGCUGCACCAUUUCGUCGAGGUCCUGACGGCGUUCGGCUACUUUUUCACGGCAAUUCUGGUGUUGCGAAUCGAAAACGUAAUUCGCCCGGACCCACUUCGCGAGAACUACGAUGUGCUAGACUUUGACAACCCGCUCGCCGCCGAGAUGCAGGACAGCGAGCUGAACGAGGGCUAUAUUCAGCUACGGCAAGAAGAAACCAUU